AACAAGGCAGGCUUUCAAGUCAAGAUCAUCAAGUGUGAUUGGGCAUUCAUUCCUCUCACAGAUGAUAUGCUAGGCACUAUGGGUGUUACUAUUGACCUGACUGCAGCUGGAGACCACGAGCCUACCGCUGAGCAAAACAAUAGGAUGCUGAAAGAAAGAGUCAGAGUAGCUCUUGCACAAUUACCCUACAAAGUGGUUCCAAAAGUGAUCACUGAAUGUCUUGGACGUCAAGCCGCCGAGCUAUUGAAUGUCUUUCCCCAGAAAGACAUUAUCUCAUCACAUUUCAGUCUGCAGCAACUCAUUGAUAUGGUCAAUAUCAACUAA